AUGAUGGCUGAAUUUGUUGGUGUUCAACAACCGCCAACAAAGAAAUUUCGUUCGGAUACAAAUUCAAACGAGUCAGACUUUGGUUUCAAAAUGAUUUCACAAUUUGAUACAUCCGAUACAAAUAAUACUCAAGAUCUAUUCGAUAUUGGCACGGAUUUUACUGAGACACUCGAAAAUGCCCAAGUACAAACGUCAACAUCCAUACAGUCAGCAGUGCCAUCAUCGGCGAGUACAAUAGUAAAUCAGCAGCCAACAAAUAUCUAUCAAACACAACAACAAGUACAACCUCGACUCACAUACAUAGCACAAACACGUCCACAACUGUCUACGUAUCAAACGCCAAGUCUCCAACGUAUACAGACAAUGACACCAACGUCAGCAAUUGUUCGACCAUCGAAUGUCAUUUCGAAUGGUGUUCAGCAACAAGCAACGAUCUAUACUCAACAACAGCCAGCACAACAGAUGAUUAAUACAUCAGGUGGACUAAAUCGACCAUUAUACCAACGUAUGCCAACAGUAACACAACAACCAAAUAUGCAAUCGACAUUGAUUCGGCAGCCGUAUAAUACAACGGGAAUGAUCAAUAUGAAUCAAAAUGUACCACAAAUGAGUAUUGUUAAAGCAAGUGAUCCCAAUAACAAUAAUUUAUUUGUUACAAACUCCCAGCAACAGCAGCACCAACAACAACAACAACAACAACAGUCGACUCUACUCGGUUUACAACAAACAGUGACACAAACACCAACAGUUCAAAUGAAUAAAACAAUUUCGACUGUUCUGCCUUCUCUGUCAUCCCAACAAAUUAAUCAGUUUCACAUUCAACAACACCCACAACAAAUCCAUAUGCAACAACAACAACAACAACAAACUCCUCAACCUUAUAGCACUGCAACUAUACGGACACAAAUGACGGAUCAGUCAUCAACAAAUUACAUUUCAACUCCACAAUCCCAACAACAACAACAACAACAAGCGCAACAGUCAAACCAUAUGCUUGUUCAACAAACACAGCAGCAAGGAACGAAUAAUAAUCCUUCUCAACACACAGAAGUUCAACGAAAGCAAUUCAUUCAGAAACAACUUGUUUUACUUCUACAUGCACAUAAAUGUCAACAACGCGAAAAACAAACGAUCAAUGGUGAAGCAGCACGUCCAACUACUUGUACAUUACCACAUUGUAAUACAAUGAAAGGCGUUUUACAACAUAUGACAAAAUGCAAUGAUCAUAAAACUUGUACUGUACCUCAUUGUGUUACAUCUCGACAAAUCAUUUCACAUUGGAAACAAUGUAAUAACUCUCAAUGUCCAAUCUGUCAGCCAUUGAAAACUCCUUCAACAUUAGCUAAACUCCAUCAAGGAACUGCGAAUAACACACUAACAGCAAUAGCAUCCGCAGCUGGUUCAACUGGAAUAUCAUCAACUAAUGCUAAUACGAACCUUGUGUCCAAUACGAAUGAUCGACCUUUAACGAAAGAUUGGCAAAGGCGAGUCACAUCAGAAAUGCGUAACCAUCUUGUACAAAAAAUAAUUACAGCUCUGAUUCCCAUCACUGAUACUGGCGCUGUACGUGAUAAACGUAUUAUCAAUCUAGCGAAUUAUGCGCGACGUGUCGAAAAUGAAACAUUCGAAGUUGCCAAUAAUCAGGAAGAGUAUUUUCACAAACUAGCAGAAAAAAUUUACAAAAUCCAGAAAGAAUUAGAAGAACGACGCGAGAAAAAACGUUUACAAGAUAUGCAAUUAGCUGCGCAAAUAUCCUCUACAACAGGACAGCCGUCAGCGACCAAUGAUUUCAAUGGUAAAGUUCAUUCAACAAUCGAUACCUUAGCUGGCGAUGGUGGCCCACCGAACCGUACGGCACCUUUAUCUGAUUACGCAUCGAUAUCAUCAGCGGCUGGAAACGUUCUUCAGCAACCAUUGACAACAGUAACCAAUUCCAAUCGAACAUCUCUGAACGGUAAUACCAAUACAAACGCAAGCACAUUUACCAUCACUAAUGUACCGCCAAACGAGAAUUUGAGUUUUCUACUGAAUGGAGAUACAGCCGGCACAAGUCAAUCACAUGAUAUUGAUAUGACAGAUACUAUAAGUCAAAUAAAAACUGAACUAGUCUCGCCUAAAACGUCGUUUCAGUCGUCGACAUUUGGAAUGAUUAAAAAGGAAGAAUCAACUGCUAUAAUUAAGUCGGAAGCGAUGAUACAUGAAGAUACUAAACCAAAAGUGCCGCAAAUAGAUUCAACGAGUAAACAACUACCGAAACACCUCAUAAAAUUUACAGCUGAAGAAUUACGUACACAUCUCGAGCCAGUCCUGCAAAAAAUGAUCGCAUGCGAAGAUUCACAUCCAUUUCGUCAGCCAGUUGAUCCUGUGGCAUUAGGCAUACUCGACUAUCCAACAAUCAUUAAACAUCCGAUGGACAUAUCUACAAUGCAAAAUAAACUAACCCAAGGACAAUAUGAACAUCCCUUACAGUUCUGUGAUGAUGCUUGGUUAAUGUUUAAUAAUGCCUGGCUAUACAAUAAGAAAACAACGAAAGUGUAUAAAAUGUGUACAAAGCUGUCUGAAGUAUUUUUGGAUGCAAUUGAUCCUGUGAUGCGUACAUUAGGAUAUUGUUGUGGUCGACAAUACGUCUACUUGCCACAAGUUAUGUUUUGCUAUGGAAAUCAAUUAUGUUGUCAAAUUCCACGUGAUGGUAGUUAUUAUUAUUAUAACAAUCUGGAACCGUCGCGUUUCAAUUUGUCCGGUGAUAAAUAUACAUUUUGUUCGAAAUGUUUUGAUUCAGUUAAAAGUGAAUCAAUCUUUGUCGGUGAUGAUCCAGCUCAAACUCUCGUUGAGUUACCAAAAAGUCUUUUUUUAUCAGCAAAAAACGAUAUUCAAGAACCUGAAGCAACUGUUGACUGCAUCGUCUGUGCACGUCGUUGGCAUCAAGUUUGUGCGUUACACUUAGAUCAAAUUUGGCAAGAAGGUUUCAUAUGUGAAACAUGUCGACGUGAUUACAACAUUAAACGUAAAGAUAGUCGAUAUACAGCACUGAAAUUAACAGAGACCGAUCUGGCACGGCAGUUAGAAAAGCGUGUAAAUGACUAUUUGCGUAAUGAACGUUGUGCAACGGGACGUGUGUCCAUACGGAUCUUAGCGGCGAGUGAUAAAGUAUGUGAAGUGAAGCCACGCUUGAAGAAAUAUUAUCAAAAUCAAGUACCGGAUGGUUAUCCAUAUCGAACGAAAGCAGUCUUUGCCUUUCAAGAAAUUGAAGGUGUCGACGUUGUUUUAUUCGGUAUGCAUGUUCAGGAAUAUGAUGGACGCUGCCAUGCGCCGAAUACACGACGUGUCUAUGUAUCGUAUUUGGAUUCAGUACAUUUUUUUCGUCCAAAAGAGUAUCGUACAGAAGUGUAUCACGAGAUUUUAAUUGGAUAUUUGGAUUAUGCGAAAAAGCUUGGCUAUGUCUAUGCACACAUAUGGGCAUGUCCGCCAAGUGAAGGUGAUGAUUAUAUUUUCCAUUGUCAUCCGCCAGAACAACGCGUACCAAAACCAAAACGCUUACAAGAUUGGUACAAGAAAAUGCUGGAUAAAGCCAUUCUAGAGCGUGUAGUGAUUGAUUAUAAGGAUGUGAUGAAAGAUUGUCUCGACAAUCAAGUACAGACUGCGCUAGAUAUUCCAUAUUUUGAAGGUGACUUUUGGUCAAAUAUCAUCGAAGAGAGCAUAAAAGAACUUGACCAAGAAGAAGAAGAUCGAAAGAAGCAAGAACUUGAAGCAUCGAGAGCGUUGGAUGAUGGAGGUUUUGAUGAUCCUAUCGAACCUGAAGAUCCAACAGAGAUAUCGGAUAAACGUAAAUCAGCUAAUACACAUAAGAAGAAGAACUUGAAGAAAACCACUGCGAGUCAACGGAAAGUAGCGAAGAAACAAAUGUCGAAUUGUACUGAUCUGUUAUCCAAAAUAUUUGCGACAAUGGAAAAACAUAAAGAGGCAUUCUUUGUUAUUCGGUUACGAAAUCCAAUUGCAUCAUGUCCUCCUGUAAAUGAUACUGAUGCUUUAAUUCAAUGUGAUUUAAUGGAUACACGUGAUGCAUUUCUAAAUUUUGCUCGUGAUAAACAUUACGAAUUUUCUUCAUUACGUCGUGCAAAGUUCUCCACGAUGGCAUUGCUAUAUGAACUUCAUACAUCGACUACAGACAAAUUCACUUACAAUUGUAAUUCAUGUCGUCAACAAUGUGAAAUUCGUUAUCAUUGUACAGUUUGUGAUGAUUUUGACUUAUGUGAAAAAUGUUACAAUACGGAACCAAGACAUGAACAUAAAAUGGAACGUUCAGUUCCAUCGAUAGUUGAUGUUAGUCAUGAUGGUGAACACAAUUCGUUAAAUAGUAAUGAUAAGUCUCUCGCAAGUCCACAAUUACAACGGCAACAAUCAAUGCAACGUUGUAUCGAAGCUUUAUUACAUGCAGUCAAUUGUCGAAAUGCCAAUUGUGUUAAUCGUAGUUGUUUUCGUUAUAAACGUGUUAUACAACAUACAAAAGAAUGUAAAGGCAAAAAUAGUCAAUGUAAUGUCUGUAAACAAGUUAUAUUUCUUUGCUGGUAUCAUGCCAAGAGCUGUAACGACCAAAACUGUCAAGUACCUUUUUGCACCAAUCUAAAAACGAAAAUUCAAAAGCAACGGGCAACCAGUUUGCAAACGGAUCGACGUCGUAUGCAAGCCAUGAUGCUACAAAGACCGAAUGCGAUGCAGGCACAACAGCAGCAGCAACAACAGCAACAACAACAACAACAACAACAGCAGUCACAGUCACAGUCAGUGUCAAUCACCACACCUAUAACAUCAAGUUCAUUUGGUUCAUCUGGUAAACCAGCACCAGUCACAUUGAUUCGUGCUCCACAACAAGGAGCAUGGCCAAAUCCGACAUAUAUAACAGUACCACAAAAACCAAAUACUGGUAAACCAAUCCAGCAGACACCGAAUUCGUUGAGUUUAUUGAUUGGCCGCGUAAAACAAGAUCCAUCGAUAGAUGAUCAACAGUCUCAGCAACAACGUUCAGAUAUGAAUGAUCCCAAACAACUGAUUUGUCAGUCAUUAAUAAAUAAAACUCCUGUUCAUCGUUUACCAUCGACAGGAAUAGCAGCCGCCACAACAACAACAUUUAUUCAACAAACCAACCAACCACAACAAUGGCAUACAUCAGUAUCCCAGUCUCAGCUAAAUCCACCUCCUAAUUAUGUUACAACAACGCGUCCUCGACAUCCAACUAUAAUGCAGCAACAACAAGGAUCUAUUCAACCGACAUCGCAUACAUUGAUAACACCAUCAAGAGCCAAUUCUUCAACACCACCGACCACUACAACGUAUAUUACACGGACAGGUUCAACACCCAAUCUAACGCGAAUACCAUUAAAUGUAACACUAGCACGACCACCUCAGUUUUCAUCUCAGCAACAGCAGCAGCAGCAGCAGCAACAACAACAACAACAGUCCCAACAAGAUCCAUCGCCACGUUAA